AUGGGUGGUGAGAUAGAAGAAAGGCGCAGGGGUCCUUGGAUGGAGGAAGAGGACAUAAAGUUGGCAAUGUCUGUGAAAUUGAUAGGAGAGAGGAGAUGGGAUCACAUAGCUCAGGUAUCAGGUCUAAAGAGGAGCGGGAAGAGUUGUCGGUUGAGAUGGAUGAAUUAUCUUCGUCCAGACCUGAAACAGGGGAGAAUGACUGCUCAAGAGGAAUGUUUAGUUCUCCAGCUCCAUGCUCAAUGGGGAAAUAAGUGGUCUCGAAUUGCUCGGAGAUUGCCUGGCAGGACUGAUAACGAGAUAAAGAACUAUUGGAGGACCCAUUUGAGGAAGGAGGCCCAAGAGAGAUGCCAAGCCACCUCUCCAUCUUCUUUCCAAGACCCUACUUCUCUUCUCCUCUCUCACUCCAAAGACAAGGAGCCUCCGAAUGCUCAUAUGAAGGAUUUCGCACCAGACAAUUCACUAUCUGGUAGCAGUUCGCCAUCAUCUGAGAGUGUCACAACAUUUGAUGAUUAUUUUCUAUAUGCGGAUCGUUCGCUACCGUGUCUACAAAUGGAUGAGAAAUGGAUUGCUGAUCCACAUGAUGAAGCUGAGUUUUGGAAUUCAUCCCAUGGUCCAUCGGACUACUAUACAGAUUCUUUGUGGAACUUGGAAGAAGAAGAUUUAAAAUUGGAGAAAUGUGGUGCAAAUGGGAGAUACUUCUAG